CUUGUGACACUUGGUGAACUCGAUGGUGAAGUAGGUGACCAACGCGUGCACGUAGUCGUUACGCUGGAUCUGCAGGCGGAACGCCGACGUGAAGGAGAGGUCGUCCGGCUUCACGGUGUAGAUGUCCACUUCCUGUUACGGAAAACAAAAGUGGGCUGUAGUCACCGCCCCCACCAUCACGCAUGCACUCAUGUACGUAUAAGCGAUGAUGAGAUAUCCAUGAUUAUUCUCUCGUGUGUGUGAAAGCCCACAGGUUGACUCACGGCUGGCCGAGGAGCGCCCGCUCACACGACACACGCUGAGUGGGCGUGUUCGGGAUCACGGCAAGCUGUGCGCGUCACGCCGAUAUCGGUUCUGUCUUUACAGUCACAUGACUAGCGUUCAUUUUUGGAUGCUUUUUUUUUUUUUUCUCACCUUCAGCAGGCAGGCGUUGGUGACCACCUGCUUGGGGUCCACCACGUCCACCAGGGGCUCCUUGAUGGCCACGUUGCCAAUGCAGCUCAUGUCAAAACCGUACACGUUCUCCCACCCUGUACACACACAAAGUACACACAAAGUACACAAAAAAAAACGACAAAAACGAAGAACUCACAGUGGAUCUUGAAGUCCUUAUACUGCCUGUCCUCGAUGGCCACCACGUAAAGAGCGGCGCGGUCAGGGAACAUCAGGCCUCCGUGUUUCUGAGAACCACAAGAACUUCAGCACCAAAAGGGUCAAAGGUCACCGCCCCCACCACCCCCCCCUCGCCGUUCCUCUUUUUGGCGUACCGUACCAGCCACUUGUCCCUAGCGAAGAUAACGGUAUUGAGCAUGGACUCGUAGAAGAGACAGUAGCCCAUCCACUCGGAGAUGAUGAUGUCCACCUUCUCCACGGGGAGCUCCACCUCCUCCACCUUGCCCUGGAAGAUGGUGAUGACUGCAUGCGGGAGGAGACGUAAAACUACAGGUGAGUCAUUGAAGAAUGACCGCCCAUAAAGGGGGCGUGGCUUCAUGUUUGUCUUUCAUGUCGCAGAACGAUUCAGGUCACUUGUCAAUCAAAGUUUGGACGUGUCAUGGCGUUAAAGGUCUUCUUUUUCCUGGAGGAAGGAAGAUGUCGUCUGCGUACAAAGACGGCGAGGACUGGCUGACCGUGUUUCUCAAGUACUUGCUUUUCGUCUUCAACUCACUCUUUUGGGUGGGAGGAGCAGGCGUUCUAGGUGUGGGCGUGUGGACGCUGGUGGAGAAGAGCGAGUUCCUGAGCCUGCUGGCCUCCAGCACCUUCACCGUCUCCGCCUACAUCCUUAUCUUGGCCGGGGGGCUGGUGGUGGUCACAGGCUUCCUGGGCUGCUGCGCCGUCAUCCGAGAGCAGAGGAGCUGUCUGUCCACGUAUUUCUUCUGCCUGCUGCUGAUUUUCCUAAUCGAGCUGGUGGCUGGCGUGCUGGCGUAUGUCUACUACCAAAGGCUGAGCGAGGAGCUGAAGCAGCAUCUGAAGCAGACCAUGACGGACAACUACGCCCAACCAGGGAAGGAGGCCAUCACGUUAGCCGUGGACAAACUACAACAGGACUUCAAGUGCUGCGGUAGCGACAACCACCAAGACUGGACGACGAGCGUUUACAUCACGUCAAAGCACGCCCGAGGCAGGCUGGUGCCCGACAGCUGCUGUAAGUCCAUGAUGCCCGACUGCGGCGUCAGGGACCACCCGUCCAACAUCUACAACGUGGAGGGGGGCUGCAUCACCAAGCUGGAGCAGUUCUUGGCCCAACACCUGUUGGUCAUCGGAGCCGUGGGGAUCGGGGUGGCCUGUCUGCAGAAGAACUGGAGGACUCGGGUACAUUGUGAUGACGAUCUGCGGGAUGGUGCUCACCUGCUGCUUGUACAGGAGGAUCAAGAUGGAGCCUUACUGAGACCGUGUUUUAGCAACGCACGCCGCUGGAUCCGUUUAAGCUGGUCUUGGGCCUGGUCUUCCAGGAGCAAGUCCUCAUCUCUCCUCAUCCUCAUGCCUUUGUUUUAGCUGAUUAUCCCGCCUAAACGCUAACGAGAGGAGACGAUGACUUCCACGACUUUCAUCAUAUCAUAUCAUAAAUAUAGAAUUAUUAUUUAUGACAUUUAUAGUUUUACAUAUUUAUAAUAUAUUAUAAAAUAAAGUGGAAUCAAAAUAAAAUUCAAUCAUAUAAAUAUAGUAAAUAUUUUAACUUUGUAUUUUUAGUCAGAAUUAUUAUAUUUUAUUUGAUAUGGUAUUAUAUGAAUACACAGUGCGUGUGCUCUGAGUGUGUACCGCCACCUGGCGGUUGAUGAUGAAACUAGCAUUCAGCACUAAACGGGGAAAGUUAAAGUUAAAGUGGAAUCAAAAUAAAAUUCAAUCAUAUAAAUAUAGUAACUAUUUUAACUUUGAUUGUAUUUUUAGUCUGAAUAUAUCAUUUUAUUUGAUAAUGUAUUAUAUGAAUACACGGUGCGUGUGCUUUGAGUGUGUACCGCCACCUGGUGGUAGAUGAUGAAACUAGCAUUCAAACGGGGAAAAGUCUUGAUUGUUGACUGGCUGUAGUUUGGCUUUUAAAAAACACUUAAAAAUGGCGGCUGCUUCCGGCUGCUGCUUGUCUUGUGAUCAAUUGCUCAUCUUCAACUGUACUACAAAAAUAGUCAAUUAUUAAAGUGCAUGAAUUUUU